CGAUCUUACGCUGAAAGAGUUCACACGCGCGUAUUCGCUGAAAGACUGGCGCCCGUCGAACGCGAUCUACAACAAGCCAAAGCGUCCUUAUUAUUGUUACGCGCGGAUGCAACUAAAAAAGCCGCGAUCGUGACGUUCUCACAGCAAGUGCGUGGCCUUCAGAACUUUGUGUUACCUUCUUCGUGAGUUUCGUAGACUAGGUGUUUCCCUUACUGGCAUCGACGCGUGCUUAUAUGCGAAUUGCAUUGUGCCAUACCAUCUGCGCCUCGAGAUAGAUGAGAACUCUAGAGCAGAGCCUGUCGACGUCUGUAACUAUUCACAUUCACGGUUGACAUCAAUUGAAGAAUAAAGUGGAUUAUUUUACAUCUCCAAUUGCAAAAGAUAGUUAGUCUCGUUUGUGUCUGGUGAUUAAAAGUUAAGUUUGUUUGUUCUGGAAAUAGUUGUUGUUGAUAUUUGUAUAGUGUACGAGAAUAAGAAAACGGUAGACGUUAAAAAUGUAUAUGUACGACCCACCAAAGAAAAACAAUUUCACAUCAGUUGAAGAAUUCCAGGAGGCCUUCAACCUAUUCGACAACCGCGGCGAUGGUAAGAUCCAACAGCAGCAGAUUGGCGAGUGCCUUCGUGCCCUGGGCCAGAACCCGACCGAGUCCGAUGUGAAAAAGUUCACCAUGCAGCUGAAGCCAGACGAGCGCGUAUCGUUCGAGGUUUUCUUGCCGAUCUAUCAGGCCAUUUCGAAGCAACGCACCGCCGAUACGGCCGAUGACUUCAUCGAGGGGCUGCGUCACUUCGAUAAGGACGCGAGCGGAUUCAUUUCCUCAGCUGAGCUGAGACAUCUGCUUACAACUCUGGGAGAGAAACUGGCCGAUGAUGAGGUCGAACAAUUGCUCCAAAAUCAGGAAGAUUCACAAGGUAACGUUAACUACGAAGAGUUCGUUCGAAUGGUCAUGAGCGGUUAGAUGGACAAAAUAAGCUGAGAUCAGCUUAUCCACCAUUAUUUUACUAUACCUUGUAUUGGAUACUUCCACUUGAAAAACAACAACUUUUAGAAUUCUUAUGUACCCAAGUUUUGUUCAAUGAACCUAUGAAAAACAAAUAGGUGGAACUAUAGAAAUCAAUCAAAUAUUAGCUUCGUCCGUAAUUUAGGACACCAUGUAAGGGUCAAAAUGUUACUUAACAAUGUAUAUCUUGUUUCCAAAAGUUUUCCUAUUAAGCCAUUGGGCUGGAUCAACGGCUCAUAAAGGUGUAAAUUUCAUCAAACAUGCUAGUAUUAUUUUCAAUUUAAUCUGUACAUUCUUACUAUCGAUUGUUGAACUUUCGCUGCUUAUCAUUUUGUUGCGGCCUCAGUUUAACUCUUACAGAUCGCAUUUCUUUCAACUUUUGCGUUUGAAUGUCAAACAACUGCUAAUAUCUAUAUAAAACCUUUAUUAUAUUUUAAUGAGUAAUAAAAGCCUAAUUUAUACACUACUUAA